AUGGGCGCCUGGACCAACUUUGUCGAUGGCUUCAAGCCCGAGUACACGAUGGAGAGCGCCAUCGACCCUCCUCCUCCGUUCCAGGAGAAGGACUCCAAGGAUUAUGAAGCCAACGCCGUUGCUGGGUUCAGGGAUCCUAAUGCCGAGGGUGGACUGAAGCAGAAUCUCACCGGUCGUCAUGUGCAGUUCAUCGCCCUCGGUGGCUCCAUCGGCACUGGUCUCUUCAUUGGUUCCGGUGGUGCCCUGGCCACCGGUGGUCCCGGUUUCCUUAUGAUUGACUUUAUCCUCAUCGGUGUCAUGCUUCUCAUGGUCGUCAUGGCUCUUGGUGAGCUCGGUGCUAUUUUCCCCGUUGCUGGUUCCUUCGCUGCCUACUCUUCUCGCUUCAUCGACCCUGCCGUUGGAUUUGCCAUGGCUUACAACUACUGGCUCCAGUGGCUCAUCGUCCUUCCUCUCGAACUCGUCGCCGCCUCGAUUGUCAUCACCUUCUGGGAUCCCAACGAGGUGGUGCCGAGGGGUGUCUGGAUCGCCCUUUUCCUCAUUGUCAUCACCAUCAUCAACCUGUUCGGUGUGCGAGGCUACGGUGAAUUCGAAUUCUUCGGCUCGCUCAUCAAGGUCCUCGCUGUGAUUGGGUUCAUCAUUGCCGGUGUCGUCAUUAACGUCGGCGGUGGCCCCGAUGGCAAGUACUACGGCACCGAGACGUGGCGCAAUCCUGGUGCCUUCAACAACGGCUUCAAGGGAUUCUCCAGUGUGUUCGUCACAGCCGCUUUCGCCUUUGCUGGUACAGAGCUGAUCGGUUUGGCCGCUGCAGAGACCAAAAAUGCCCGCAAAGAAAUCCCAAAGGCCGCCAAACAGAUUUUCAUGCGCGUCACGAUUUUCUACGUCGUUUCGCUUUUGAUCGUCUCCUUCCUCGUCCCUUACAUCGACCCACGCCUGGGAAGCGGCGCUUACGACGCCAGGGCUUCUCCAUUCGUCAUCGCUUUCGACAAUGCUCAUAUCAAGGUGUUGCCUUCAAUCAUGAACGCGGUUAUCCUCGUCUCGGUGCUUUCCGUCGGAAACAGUGCCGUGUACGCUGCUUCGCGAACUCUGCAGGCCAUGGCUGUCAUCGGACAGGCUCCCUCGUUCUUCGGCUACGUUGACCGACAGGGUCGACCCUUGUGCGCCGUUGGGCUCUCGCUCAUCUUCGGUCUGCUCGGCUUCCUCAUCUAUUCCGGUGAAGACGCACGAAACCAGACCUUCAAUUGGUUGCUCGCUAUCUCGGGUCUCUCGACGAUCAUCAGCUGGCUCUGCAUUUGCAUCUCGCACGCUCGCUUCCGCCAGGCUUGGGCUCGCGCCGGCCACACCCUCGAGGAGCUCCCCUGGAAGUCGCCAUUCGGAAUCUGGGGUUCUCUCUACGGCGCUGCCUUCAACAUUCUCGUCAUCAUCUUCACCUUCUACACCUCGGUGUGGCCCAUUGGUGAGGGUAAAAUGACGCCCAGUGAUCGUGUGCAGGCCUUCUUCAUGGGCUUCAUCUCGGUGCCCGUCGUUGUCUUCGUGUUCUACAUUCCUUACAAGUUGUAUAUGCGAAGCAAGUUUGUCUCCAUUGACGAGAUCGACAUCAGCACCGGUCGCCGCGACCCUGUCCCUGUCGAGGUGCUUCGCCGCGAGCGCGAGGAGGCUGCCGCUGCUCCUAUCUACAAGAAGGUCUGGCACUUCUUCUUCUAA